AUGUGAUAUUUCAAGCGGGGUAUAUCCCAGAGUUAACGAGCUGGGCAACACAAUGUAAAAAAAAUAUGUUCAAGAAGCGACCGUGAACUGGUUUUCGCUCGAGUUGUGCCUUUUUUUUUCCUUUAUCGUUGCUUGGCUAGGAGUGCAAGUGGAGCGACACGAUGGCGGCAGCUAUUCUGUUUAUUGUCUCUUUCUCUAUUUUCUUUUCCGCUACUUUCGCAACUUCGAUUUUACCGCCAUCUCAAGAUCCCUGGUAUGAGCAGCCCAGCAAUAUCAGUGACUAUGCUGCUGGGGAAAUGAUCCGUUCUCGCUCAGUUUCCCCUCAGCUAGAUUCAUUUGCAGCAUUGUCUGCGAAUGUAUCUGUAAAGGCUGUUUAUCAGUAUCUUUUCCGGACUACUGAUGGUUUUGGUGAUGCAGUCGCUUCGGCAGUGACGCUGCUCGAGCCCUAUGACUCGGAUCCAUCCAAGCUCGUCGGAUAUCAGGCAUUCUAUGAUAGUGCAAAUGUGGAUUGCAGUCCAUCUUAUACUCUGCAGGUGGGGAACGACAAUUUAGGAUCUAUGUCGUCCGGAAUGAACGUCUCAGAAGACAUACCAUUCGUUGCAGCAGCGCUGAAUCUCGGUUGGUGGGUUUUCACCACUGACUACGAAGGCCUAAAGGCCGAGUUCUCGGCUGGUCUUCAGUCUGGUCAAGCUGUGCUGGAUUCGACUCGAGUGAUUCUUGAUCAAGGACCCUCGGUGGGGUUAUCAGGAAAUCCCCGGUACGCGCUUUGGGGAUACUCCGGGGGCGCUCUUGCGUCUACAUGGGCCGCCGAGCUUCAAUCGUCAUACGCACCAGAGCUCAACUUUGCUGGCGUUGCGGUAGGAGGGACAACGCCAAACAUUACUUCGGUGCUCCAGACCAUCAAUAAAGGAUCGCACACCGGGCUUGCUUUCUCGGGCAUAUAUGGGCAAUCAAAAGCAUUCCCAAACCUUACCGACUGGCUAGAUGCAACCCUGAUCCCUUCAAAGUCAGCAGAAUUCUAUUCGAUCGCUAGCGGCUGUUUGUCACAGGCCGCCGCUAUGGGAAGUGACCAAGACUUUUAUACCUACUUCAAGGGUGGAGAAGAAUCCUUUUACGAGGACGUGCCUCGGUCAAUUUUCGAGUGGUCUGGUCAAAUGGGACUUCACGGUACUCCAAUCGCACCGAUGUUUGUUUACAAGUCAACUGGAGACGAGGUCAGUCCCGUGGAAGAUACGGAUGCUCUUGUCAAAAAGUAUUGUGCCGCGGGCGCUCGUAUCGAAUACAACCGAGAUUUGAUCGGGAACCAUGAGACCGAGGCAAUAACCGGCUCGGCAAGUGCUUUGCAGUGGAUAUCAGAUCGGUUGAGUGGCAAACCAGUCAGUGACAAGUGCAGCACACGAAACGUGUUACUGUCUUCGCUCAGUGAUGGAGCCCUGGCUCUGCUAGGAGAGGAACUGUUUGCUAUCCUCCGGACGGCUUUGGAUGAGUUGCUAUGA